AUGGGCAAACAACCCAACCUCUUUAGCUACCCCACCGUCGACGAGGUCGCCGCGCAUCUGCGCACCUACGUCCUCUCCUGCCAAAAGGCGGCUUUCCACCGACACGAUUGCUUCAGAGUCGCCGUUUCAGGCGGCAGUCUUCCCGCGACCCUCGCAAAGGCGCUCCUCAGAGCAGGUCAUAAUGAAGACCCCGCACUCGCGCCCCAAUUCUCGAAAUGGCAAAUUUUCUUCGCGGACGAACGAGCUGUACCUUUGGACCACGAGGACAGCAACUAUGGGCUGCUGAAGAAGGAUCUUCUCGACAAGAUUCCACCCGAGCAAGGGACGCCCACUGUUCAUCCCAUCGAUGUGAAGCAGCUCGACAACACCCAAGAGCUGGCGGACCAGUACCAAGAAGUCCUCAUGUCGAUAUUUGCUAACAAGGACUCUGUGAAACUGCCCAUCUUUGACCUGAUCCUCUUGGGCUGUGGGCCGGAUGGCCACACCUGCAGCCUGUUCCCCGGCCACGAGCUGCUGCGAGAAGCAGAUGCCUGGGUGGCCGCAAUCGAAGACAGCCCGAAACCGCCGCCUAGAAGGAUCACCUUGACUUUGCCCGUGGUGACGCAUGCCCACAAGAUCGCAUUCGUGGCCACAGGAGGUGGGAAGAAGGAUAUUCUGAAGAAGAUCCUGGAAGCGGAUGAUGAAGGAAGGAGCUUGCCUUGUGGACUUGUCAAUGAGGGCGGUGGUGAGAACGUGAGCUGGUUUACAGAUGAUGCGGCGGUCGAAGGAGUAUCAUUCCCUAGGAGGGGUAGCUUGUGA